UUUUCAGUGGAGCCCUAGUUACUUAUCUGUGCCUGAAAGAUAUUUCGAGUAAUCACGGCCGAACAAGAUGGAGGAUGUUUUACUUUCAUAGAGUCUGGAGACUAACCCCAGCUUACGCCUUUUGCCUGAUGAUAUUUGCUACACUGUCCAAACAUUUUAUCAGUGGACCUUACACUGCGGUAUAUGAUGCCGAGAUGGCUGACCAAUACGAUACGUGUUCCUCCUCGUGGUGGUCAAACCUUCUGUACAUAAAUAAUUUCUACCCCGACAGUGGAAGCCUGGGGAAAAUUUGUAUGGCUUGGACAUGGUAUCUAGCCAACGAUAUGCAGUUUUUCAUCAUUAGUCCUAUCUUCAUCAUCUUACUUCUGCGUUACCGGAAAGCAGGUAUCAGUGCAUGUGUAGCGAUGAUUAUUGCAUGUGUAUUUGUUCGCCUGAUGACGGCAAUCGAGUACGGAAUACACUUACCUAAUCAAGCUGUUACAAAGCACACUGAUGACAUAUACGCCACCAACACCACGUACAAUCGGCCUUACACAAGGAUCGCCCCAUAUAUGGUUGGGGUGUUGCUUGGUUACCUGUUACACACCAGUGACUGCAAGGCAAGACUGAACAAGAUAAGUGUUAUGAUUGGUUGGUCAUUGGCAAUUGUCAUGGGAAUGCUGCCGGUGUAUGGGUUGUACCAUUACUAUCACUACGAAAUUGAAGACGCUAACUUGGCACUCAGUGCAUUUUAUAUCAGCUGUAGUAGACUGUCGUGGUCACUUGCUAUUGCAUGGGUUAUUUACGUAUGCGCAACCGGAUAUGGUGGCCCGGUGAACAAGCUCCUGUCGUGGACAGUAUGGGCACCGCUCGGACGACUGACCUACUGUGCCUAUCUCGUCCACCCGCUCAUAAUCACAAUAUACAGCUUUAAUCUUCCCACGCCGUUCUUCUUUGGAGAUAUCCCUAUGGUAUACACGUACAUGGGGAACCUCGUAUCGUCAUAUCUCAUUGCCUAUCUCGUUUCCAUGGUGAUCGAGGCACCAAUGAUGGGUUUAGAGAAGGCGUUAUUUAAAAGAUAAACAUUACUGGGCGGAGAACACAAAAACGGUAUAAAAAACUCACAACCAAGCAAUAUAUACGGUUAUUUCUGAUUUCAUGAAAUAACAAUGUGAAUGGUUAUGACUGUAGAAUCAUGGGUUAUUUUGUUGAUAUGUUUUUAAUAAAAAUGUAAAAACACU